CCUCUGUACACCAACCCCAACGUCCAACUCCUCAGCGAUGUCAACACUAAUUUCAACAAAUUACUCGACCACCUCAAAAUCGACACUAAACCACCCAGAACACAUAUAUUUGAUCAUACUUACACCAAAAAGCAUGAAUCCCUCUCCUCCUCCCUCACCUCUCUCCACCCCUCCGCCUUCGCCAACCCCCGGCACCCGGAGCUGCUCGAUGCGGUCAGAGCGGGGCUGCAGGGGUUUGUGCAGGAGAUGGAGCGGGUGUAUGUGAACGGGUAUGAUGGAGGGGAGGAUAUCAUAAUAGUAGAUGCAAGAAAUCAAAAAGUAACCGAUGACGGCAAAAAAUGCGCAAAAGUAUGUCUGACAUUGUUCUCCACACUUCAUCACGUAUUAAGUGUAUUAAGGAAAUAUUGUUAUCGCACAUGUAAAUAUAUGCAAAUUAACAAAUCAACUGAACUUGGCAGCUUUUUCAGCAAGCAAGGAUACUGUAUAUCCGACCGAGGUGAACAAAACGGUGAAUUGCAGGACAAAAUUAGUAUGCAAGGAACAAAAGUACAUAGUUUACUUGCCGGGCAAUUAAAUACUGUUUACAACUCCAACAAGGGAUUCAAAAAUGCUCUUGAAAAGCUUAACGACUACCUUACGGAUUAUUACCAAGUCAGGCACAUCUCCACUUUCACUGCCAAGAGACGACCAUGCAACGUAUUCGAAAUGCUCUGUUGGCUCUCUGGGUUACCGUGCAAUGCAGUGUAUGAAGAUAUGCUGAGUGGAGCUGUGAGUGACCUAUUCGAAGAUCCAAGUAAGCAGGUCGCGGUUGAAGAUGAAGGCCAUGAAAUCACAGUUUCAGACAUGAGACAAGACUCCAUACCGGCGCACCCGUACAACAUGUCAUAUGAUGACACGCAAAAAGCAAUAACACGUCUUUGCUCGAAAUCAUACGAUGUUCUGGCAAGAAUCCUCGGCACCGGAGACGCGUACUCCAUGUACGCCGUCGACUACUGCAGCAAUGCACUAAAUCUUCAUUACCCGCCUAAAGGUGAAGAUUGCCUUCAGCUGCUGCUUGACGUCCUUCACAGAUUAUUACCGUCGCUUAGAUUCUUGUAUAGGCAAUGCGGCGUACGUGCUGCGUACUACGGCUGGGCUGAUUGCCAUUACGGUAAACAGGUCGGAUGUGCCAACUGGCCAUGCAAGGAUCAUCCAACUAACAAAGCAGCGUGCGAACCAAACGGUCAAGCAACGUGCCAGGCAAAUAGUCAACCAAAUUGCCGGCCAACUUCUCCUUUAAUGUCUUACCUCAAUGACUGUUUACCCGGUCACUUGCCUCAUCAGCUGCGUACCAUAGGCUGCAAAACGGAAUGCGCAACCUGUCCGAAGUCCAAGCCUGGCAUGUCAUGUUUGGUACCGCUUGGGUUUAGGCGUUUCUCCGGCCAGUCACGUACAGGCAAGGAACUGUGUGAUACACUGGAGAAUUUCUUCUCCAAUUCAUAUAUCACAACACUAUUUUGCCUUAUGCCAAAACCGCCAUCUACACUUGCUGAACACAUGAGCUUCGCAAUGAACUAUUUUGGAAAGUGGCAGACGGACACAUCAAGAAAUAUAAACGGUCUUCAAGUAGCAUUCGAGAAAUCAAUGAAGAAGCUAUCAAUACAUCAAGUCGAGGAUGCGAGCAACUUGAGAAGUGCGCUCAGAGAUAUCUAUGGAACAAAGCACAACAAUGAGCCCAGCAAGCUGUCAUCUCAUCAGGACUCGAAACAUGCCGAUUUGUGGAGUGUCUGCCUACCUAACGAAACAAAGCCAUGCUCCGAUUUGAAGCACCAAUGCGCUCCUUAUAUCUCCUCAACUUCUUCCGAUGCGUACAAUUACCUUGCUGAGAAGCAUUCAGAUCUAUACCUCUCAUGGGCUAUAUAUCUACCGUGGACAUUCUACAGCUGCCUGAAAUCCUUGCUGGAUGCUUUCCAACAAAUAGAUUGCGGAAGCUCUGGUUGCACUAAAUGUUCAUGCAAGCCGGGAACACAUGGCGUAGAAUUAAACUGCACGUGCAACGCAUUGAUAAGCUGCCGUGGCGUGACGCCUACAUUCUACCAAUAUGGUUUCACAUUUGGAUACACUAAAAGCAUAUACGGUACAGACAGAAAAUACUGCCGCAAUUUCAACACGCAAUUAAGCAACGUGCUUAAAUCCGACUACUUCACCAAAUUAUUUGAGGAAUGUGACAACUUCUUAUGGAUCAUCAGAGCACCAUUCUCCUACCUUGUCUUGGCCCUCUGGCUCCUCUCUUUCCUCUACCUCCUCCACAUCAUGGUCAUCCGCCUCGACCUGCUCCACAUCAAAUCGCAUUUGCAUAGUCCCUCGAGUCAUCGCAUAGCUGCUCAAUCACUACUCGCUGCUGGACGCGUUAACAAACUGGGCAAAGUGUUUUAUCUACAACCAUAA